AAAAAAGACUAGCUUUCUAGUAGGAGUUGUGGAGGAGAGGCGUUUCAAUUUAACCAGAGUUUCUGUGCCGCCCUAAUAAGCCAGGACAAUGCCAAUGACAGAACAACAAGCAGACGCGAGGUCUUACCUCAGCGAGGAAAUGAUCGCUGAGUUUAAGGCUGCGUUUGACAUGUUUGAUGCUGAUGGUGGUGGUGACAUCAGCACCAGGGAGUUGGGUCAAGUGAUGAAAAUCCUGGGCCAGAAUCCCACCAGAGAAGAGUUGGAUGCUAUAAUUGAGGAAGUGGAUGAAGAUGGAAGCGGCACCAUUGACUUUGAAGAGUUCUUGGUGAUGAUGGUGAGGCAGAUGAAAGAGGAGGCGAAAGGAAAGUCUGAAGAAGAGUUGGCAGAAUUCUUCCGUAUAUUUGAUCAGAAUGCUGAUGGUUUCAUCGAUCGUGAUGAGCUGAAAUUACUCAUCAUGACUGGUGGGGAGCACGUUACAGAUGAGGAAAUUGAUGAACUCAUGAAGGAGGGGGACAGAAACAAUGACGGCAAACUUGACUUCGAUGAAUGGUUGAAGAUGAUGGAAAAUGUCCAGUAAAUGACCAACAUUCCUCAGCAACACAUUACUGUCUCAUUUCUUAAGGAAUCUUUGAAAUGUCACCUUCCUUCCCUCCUUUACAAAAGCAAUUACUCCUUUUGACUUAUUGCUCGGCCCUGCUUCCAAGAUCGGCAAACAUAAAUGAGUUGACAACUUAAUGAAUCAUAUUGUUACCCUUCUGUAGCCAACUGAUCCGACAUCUGAAUUAUAUACUGCAAAGAAUGCAAAAUCUCUUAAACAGGACUGAUGCUACACAUAAAGCGUGCAAGCAUUGCUGCUACAGUUCACUCAUAUAGAGGAAGGAGCAACCUCCUAUGUAUCAAGUUCUUAAUGAUUUUGCUACUGGCAUAGAACACAGUACCGAAUCAAUACCCUUUCCUAAUAAAGUUAAUAUCAUCUUUUUCA